AUGGAGCCCUUCACGAAGCUUACGGCUCUUUUCUUAAUCUCAAUGUUCUUGGUUUCCUCAGCGAGUCUCGCACCACCUUCAAGGCGCUCUCUAGAAAGCGCUCUCUCGCCAACCGCCACUCCUUCACCUUCGACUCAAGCACCCGCACCACCAGUCGCACUUUCACCUCCUGUUCUUCCACCGGCACCAACCAUCGCGGUCCCACCACCUGUGGCACUCCCACCUGCCGUUCUUCCACCCUCCACUCCCCCACCCGUCACCCUACCCCCUACAGUUAGCCCAACCGCCACCCUUACACCCGCCCCAACAGUCGUGCCCCCACCCACUCCAAUUGUUGCCCUCCCACCUGUCAUUCAGCCACCCUCCCCACCUUCUGUUCUCUCACCGGAAUCAGUUACACCCGCCACACCCCCACCUGUUUUGUCACCAGAAACGGUACCACCGGUAGCACUCCCACCUAUAAUUAGUCCACCCGCCCCAACAGUUGCUCUCACACCAGCUCCCACAGUUGCUCUAACACCCGCCCCGACCAACGCGCUCCCACCCACCCCAACCGUUACUCCCACACCCGCUCCAACAAACGCUCUCACACCUGCCCCAACUGUCGCUCUCACACCCACCCCGACCAACACUCUCCCACCCGCCCCAACCAACUCUCUCACACCUGCCCCAACGGUCCCUCUCACACCCGCCCCAACCAACGCUCUCCCACCCGCCCCAACCAACGCUCUCACACCCGCGCCUACUAACGCUCUCACACCCGCCCCAACAAACACUCUCACACCUGCCCCAACCAACGCACUCACACCGGCCCCAACCAACGCACUCACACCGGCCCCAACGAACACUCUUACACCGGCCCCAACCGUCGCUCUCACUCCCGCCCCAACCAACUCUCUCACACCUGCCCCAACAGUUACCCUCACACCAGCCCCAACCAAUGCUAACACACCCUCCCCAACCAACGAACUCACACCAGCCCCAACGAACACUGUUACCCCCGCCCCAACCAACGCUCCGCCACCCGCCCCAACCAUCGCUCCACCACCCGCCCCAACCAACGCUCUCACACCUGCCCCUACCAACGCUCACACACCAGCCCCAACAAACUCUCUCACACCCGCCCCAACUGUUGCCCUCACACCAGCACCAACCAAUGCAAUCACACCUGCGCCAAACAACGCACUCACACCAGCCCCAACGAAUACUCUCACACCCGCCCCAACCAACUCUCUCACACCUGCCCCAACUGUUGCCCUCACACCAGCCCCAACCAAUGCUAUCACACCCGCCCCAACCAACGGUCUGCCACCCGCACCAACCAUCGCUCCACCACCCGCCCCAACCAUCGCUCCACCACCGGCCCCUACCAACGCUCUCACACCUGCUCCAACCGUCGCUCUAACACCCACCCCAACCAAUGCUCUCACACCCGCCCCUACAAACGCUCUCACACCCGCCCCAACCGUAGCACUCACACCCGCCCCAACUGUUGCUCUCACACCUUCCCCAACGGUUCCCAUCACACCAACCCCAACUAAAGCCCCCACACCUGCCCCAACCAACGCACAAACACCAGCCCCAGCCAACGCUCUCACCCCAACCCCAAUUAACGCUCUCCCACCCGCCCCAACCGUCGCUCUACCACCUGCCCCAACCAACACUCUCACACCCUCCCCUACCAACGCUUUCACACCUGCCCCAAUCGUCGCUCUCACACCCGCCCCAAACGUUGCUCUUACACCUGCCCCAACCUUUGCCCUCACACCAGCCCCAACAAACGCUCCCACAACAGCCCCAACCAACCCUCCCACACUCGCCCCAACCAACGUAGUCACCCCCGCCCCAAACAACGCUCUCCCUCCGGCCCCAACUAUCGCUCUCACACCCGCCCCAAACAACGCUCGCACACCUGCCCCAACUGUUGCUCUCGCACCUAGCCCAACGAACUCUCUCCCACCCGCCCCAACCAUUGCUCUCACACCCGCCCCAACUAACACUCUCCCACCCGCCCCAACUGUUGCCCUCACACCUGCCCCAACGGUUGCUCUCACACCUGCCCCAACCGAUGCCCUCACUCCUGCCCCAACGGUUGCUCUCACACCUGCCCCAACCGAUGCCCUCACACCUGCCCCAACCGUCGCUCUCACACCAACCCCAACCAACGCUCCUACACCCGCCCCAACGAAUACUUUACCACCUGCGCCAAGCAAUUCUCUCUCACCUGCCCCAACCAUCGCUCCCACACCAGCCCCUACCAACUCUAUCACACCUUCGCCAACUGUAGCCCUCACACCUGCCCCAACCAACGUUCUCGCACCAGCCCCAACCAUCGCUCUAACACCUGCCCCAACCGUUGCUCUCACACCUGCCCCAACCAUUGCCCUCACACCCACCCCAACUAACGCUCCCACACCGGCCCCAACGAAUACUUUACCACCUGCGCCAAGCAAUUCUCUCUCACCUGCCCCAACCGUCGCUCCCACACCAGCCCCUACCAACUCUAUCACACCUUCCCCAACUAUUGCCCUCACACCUGCCCCAACCAACGCUCUCCCACCAGCGCCAACCAUCGCUCUAACACCUGCCCCAACCGUUGCUCUCACACCUGCCCCAACCGUUGCCCUCACACCCACCCCAAACAACGCUCCCACACCCGCUCCAACAAACGCUCCCACACCCGCCCCAACGAAUACUUUACCACCUGCGCCAAGCAAUUCUCUCUCACCUGCCCCAACCGUCGCUCCCACACCAGCCCCUACCAACUCUAUUACACCUUCCCCAAUUGUAGCCCUCACACCUGCCCCAACCAACGCUCUCGCACCAACCCCCACCAUCGCUCUAACACCUGCCCCAGCCGUUGCUCUCACACCUGCCCCAACCGUUGCCCUCACACCCGCCCCAACCAACGCUCCCACACCCGCCCCAACGAAUACUUUACCACCUGCGCCAAGCAUUUCUCUCUCACCUGCCCCAACCGUCGCUCCCACACCAGUCCCUACCAACUCUAUCACACCUUCCCCAACUGUUGCCCUCACACCUGCCCCAACCAACGCUCUCCCACCAGCCCCAACUAUCGCUCUAACGCCUGCCCCAACCGUUGCUCUCACACCUGCCCCAACCAUUUCCCUCACACCCACCCCAAACAACGCUCCCACACCCGCCCCAACCGACGCUCACACACCAGUCCCAGUCAUCGCUCUCACCCCCUCCCCAACAAACACUCUCCCACCAGCCCCAACUAACGCUUUCUCACCCGCCCCAACCAACGCUCUCACACCCGGCCCAACCGUCGCUCUCACACCCGCCCCAACCAUCGCCCUCACACCUGCCCCAACUGUCGCUCUCACACCCGCCCCAAACAACGUUUUCCCACCACCCCCAACUGUUGCUCUCACACCUUCCCCAACUAUUUCUCUCACACCUGCCCCAACUAUAGCUCUAACACCCGCUCCAACUAAUGCUCUAACACCCGCCCCAACCAAUGCUCUUUCACCUGCCCCAACCGUUGCUCUCACACCUGCCCCAACCGUUGCUCUCCCUCCCGCCCCAACAGUCGCUCUCACACCAGCCCCCACCACCGCUUUUACACCUGCCCCAACUGUCGCUCUCACACCCGCCCCAACUGUCGCUCUUACACCUGCCCCAAGCAUUUUCUCACCACCACCUUGCCCACCUAUCGCUCUCCCACCACCUGUCAGUCCACCAGUUAACCCACCACCAAAAGAGAAACCCUGCCCACCCGUCGCUCUCCUACCACCUGUCAGUACACCAGUUAACCCACCACCAAAAGAAAAACCCUGCCCACCAGUCGCUCUCCCACCAGUCACUCCGUCGGUUAACACACCACCAAAGGGGAAACCCUGCCCACCCCUUGCUAUCCCACCACCUAUUACUCCACCAGUUAACACACCACCAAAGGGGAAACCCUGCCCACCACCAAAUUUUACGCAUGUUCCACAAGCAACAUGUCCAAUUGACACUCUAAAGCUGGGAGCAUGUGUGGAUCUUCUUGGAGGAUUAAUCCACAUUGGUUUGGGUGACCCUGUGGUUAAUAAGUGUUGUCCUGUUCUUGCCGGAUUAGCCGAGCUAGAGGCUGCAGUUUGCCUGUGCACAACUUUAAAGGUUAAGCUUUUGAACCUCAACGUUUAUCUACCACUCGCUCUUCAACUGCUAGUUACUUGUGGCAAGACCCCUCCUCCUGGUUACACUUGUCCUCUCUAAAUUUACAAGCUCCCUACUCAGGUACUCCAGUUUAGAGUUAUUACAAUAGUUUAAUACAACUGUAUAACUAUGCACUCAAACCCUGAACGGCCGAAGCUCUCCUUAAGAAGUACACCCACCAAGAAAUCAAGAAUCAAACCCUCAACUUUAGUUUAUGUUUUGGAACAAUAGUUAUAACGUAUAACACGUGGUGAAUUCUUAUCGAGAUGAUUACUAUUCAUGAUUUGGUCUUGUGUGUGUAUAAAUAAUACCCUUAAGACAUUAUUGAGUUCUUAUAUACAC